AUGCUGAGCUCAGUGUGCGUCUCCUCUUUCCGCGGGCGCAAGUCUGGGAACAAGCCGCCGUCCAAGUCAUGUUUGAAAGGGGAGAUGGGCCGGAACGAAGACAACGACAAGAUCGUCAUCAACGUGGGCGGCAUCCGGCAUGAGACGUACCGCAGCACCCUCAAGACCCUGCCGGGCACCCGGCUCUCGUGGCUCACCGAGCCCGACGCCUGCAGCAACUUCGACUACGACCCCAAGGCCGACGAGUUCUUCUUCGACCGGCACCCGCAGGUCUUCGCCUACGUCCUCAACUAUUACCGCACCGGGAAGCUCCACUGCCCGGCCGACGUCUGCGGGCCCUUGUUCGAGGAGGAGCUGGCCUUCUGGGGCAUCGACGAGACCGACGUGGAAGCCUGCUGCUGGAUGAACUACCGCCAGCACCGCGACGCCGAGGAGGCCCUCGACAGCUUCGAGGCGCCCGAGAGCCAGGACGAUGAGGACAGCGGGGACCUCAAGCGCCUCUGCCUGCAGGAGGACGGGCGGAAGCUGGGCUGGUGGGCCUGCUGGCAGCCCAAAAUGUGGGCCCUCUUCGAAGACCCCUAUUCCUCCAAGAUGGCCAGGUAUGUCGCCUUUGCCUCACUCUUCUUCAUCCUCAUGUCCAUCACUACCUUCUGCUUGGAGACCCAUGAGGCUUUCAAUGAUAUCAAAAACAAUACCAACUCAACGGAGCCCAUUGAGAUAGAGACAAAGCCUGCCCUCACCUAUGUGGAAGGGAUCUGCGUAAUCUGGUUCACCUUUGAGUUCCUCAUUCGUGUUAUCUUUUGUCCAGACAAGAUGGAAUUCAUCAAGAGCAGCCUCAACAUUAUUGACUUUGUGGCCAUCCUGCCCUUCUACCUGGAGGUGGGCCUCAGUGGCCUCUCAUCCAAAGCAGCCAAGGAUGUGCUGGGCUUCUUGAGGGUGGUCAGGUUUGUCCGGAUCCUAAGGAUCUUCAAGCUCACCCGCCAUUUUGUAGGGCUGAGAGUCCUAGGCCAUACUUUAAGGGCCAGUACCAAUGAGUUCUUGCUUCUCAUCAUCUUCUUGGCCCUGGGGGUCUUGAUCUUUGCUACCAUGAUCUAUUAUGCUGAGAGAAUCGGAGCUGACCCAGAUGACAUCACAGGCAGCAAGCACACGUUCUUCAAGAACAUCCCCAUUGGAUUCUGGUGGGCAGUAGUGACCAUGACGACUUUGGGCUAUGGUGACAUGUACCCUCAGACAUGGUCAGGCAUGUUGGUAGGAGCCUUGUGCGCCUUGGCCGGUGUGUUGACCAUUGCCAUGCCUGUGCCAGUCAUUGUCAACAACUUUGGCAUGUAUUAUUCCCUGGCUAUGGCCAAGCAGAAACUACCAAAGAAGAAGAACAAGCACAUCCCGCGAGCCCCCCAGCCUGGGUCGCCCAAUUACUGCAAACCGGACAUGCAAUCUCUGCACCGCAGCAACCAGAGUGAUUCCUGCCCCCUUGCUCAAGAGGAAAUCAUUGAGAUCAACAGGGCAGAUUCCAAGCAAAAUGGUGAUGCAGCAAAUGCAGCGUUGGCGAAUGAGGAUUGCCCAACAAUUGACCAGGCCCUGUCACCUGAAGAGAAGUCACCUGUCACACCUGCUGGUCGGGAGCGCUAUAACCGUGACCGAGCCUGCUUCCUCCUCUCCACAGGUGAUUUUGGACAGUCACCUGAUGGCAACAUCCGGAAAGCACUCCCAGCAGGCUAUGAGAAGUCCCACAGCCUGAACAGCAUUGCUGGACUGCGCCCUUCUCCAGCACCAACUCCCUUCGGCUCUCCAGGUUCUGUUCGACGCCCUCGCUCACCCAUCCCUUCCAUCCUAUAAAGACACAUCAGGGAUGCUCGGGGUUAGCUUGUAUGUUUAUUUCUUUUUUAAAAAAAAAACCAUAGAAGAAAAAGAAAAAAAAUAAGGUAAUGCCAAAAAAGCAAAGGUAAAAAGAAAACAAAAGCAACCAAAUGCAUUGGGGAAAAAUGAAACACAGGAGGCAUCUAAUCGUUGGUGUUGCACUAAAGUUUGCACUUUCUGGAGUGUCCAUGAGAAUUCUGAAGCCUUCUGUCCCUGUGGCUAUGACUCAGGAGUAUGGUUUAGGUUUUUGGGGGUGGGUAAGUGGGGAGGUUUGGCUUACCCGUAAAAUCCAAAUACCCCUAAAAGCAGGAAGGAGAGGUCAAUGAGAGAGAUGGAUGCUGCAGGAAAGCCCCGCAGCCCUCAUUAUCUGGGCACCUGCAUUUCUCCUCUUCAGCUUCACUGGACUGCAAAGUAUUUCUCUGACCCUGGCUUUGCGCUUUAUCUCCAUUUUAUGCUCCUUCCUUUAUCAUCUUACUCAGGACUGUAAUGAGCCAUAGAGCUUAGUGAUCCUUCUUUUCUUCCCUCCUUUAGUUACAUGUCCCUCUCUGUCUAUGCACUAUAAUCUGGGUUUGAUUUAUCUGUCUUUCUAAUCUGUCACUGGUCUGUUUGCCUACUGCCAUUUCUCCCUAAAAUACCUUUCCAUCUAUCAAAACCAUCCUCUGCUGUAGACAUCCAUCCAAUCUCUCUUAUGUGUAUCUCCCUUUACUCUCCCUACUUAUUUAAUGAGUGAUUCUGGUUCUUUGUUCAUAAUGGACACUCCACAGUCUCUCUGGGGAAGGCCACCCCACCCACCUGACUUAGGCCUUCUGUCUUUCCUUGGAAUUGUUCUUCUUGUGCAUGGAUCUUCCAUCAAUCACAAGCAAUAAGGCGAAGCGCUCCUAUCUGCCUGGAUGCAUGAUAAUGACUUUCCUAGAAUGUAGAUAUUCCAAGAACCAUCAAAUUGCUACAGAUGAAAGAGCUGUGGAGAGCCAUAGAGACCAGGAUAGAGUUGUGGGGAGCAAGAAUUCCAGCAUUUGAAUGGGCCUGAAGAAGAAAACUUUGAGGCCCAGCCUUCUUCCUUCACCAAUCUCUUUCCCUUUCUUUCUGUUUAUUUACCACACACACACAUACCUUGUUUUGUUCUUUUUCAUACACACAAAAAAGACAAUGGAGCACCCUUUUUGAGCAGGGUGUUUUCACUGUGAUUUCCCCUCCCCUCUAUUUCCAUCCAAAGUUGAGAUGGGAUGAUAUUUUAAUUGGUUGCAAAAAACCUAAAACAACAACAAAGCAUAAAAGGGUGGGAAGAAACAGAAGAGAUUGAACAACGUCGUCAAUAAAUGAAAUACGGGAAAAAUAUUAAACCUAUUUUUUCAGCACAAAAAAGGAAUACAUACAUACAUAAUAACAAGAUUAGAACAUUUGACAGCGACCACGUGGGGGGAGAUAUCUCCCCCAAGCUUCUCCUGGAACUACAGAGUACAGAACAUGCUUCUGAGCAGCAGAGUAUGGGACAUAUUAUUUUUCAAAGCAAUGCUGCUGAAACAGAUCAAACGAAAACGCAAGGAAUAGUGCUGCUGAGCUAAACUAUUUAGAGUUUGCAUUUUCGAAGCCAGCAUGUAUUUGCAUGUGAUACUGUAAGCGACAAUAUUUAAUGUUAUAUGCAAAAACAAGUCAAAAAAGACAAAAAAAACCAACUAAAAAAAGAGAGGUAUAUUUUCCUUAUGGACUUGAAGUCCCUUGGAAACAAGAAAAAUCACCCAGUUUAGCCAGUGCCCCCUUCCUUUGAACUGUUCCCAUCCCGAAAGGGGGUAAGAAGCACCGCAUGUUGUAGGAGCUUGGGAUAUUCUAAAGGGCUUUUUCUUUCCUUGGGUGUAGGGUCAUAUGUUGUUAAAAGAUGUUGGCAAGGAGAGUUCUCUGUCCUAGAUCAGAAUCCAACAGUCUCUUAUUUGUAAUAAAUGUAACAAUUGAAAUAAUGCAAGGGAGGAGUAUGGUGUGCAUAUUACUAACUCAUAUAGUAACCUGCAGAGGAACAGAUACUUCAGGUCUCUUGUUCCCUUAUGUGGACAUUCAGACAGUAUGUUUGAAGCAGUACAAAAGGUCGCAAUUUUGAUGGCCAAGUUGGAAAUGGAAGUGAAAGAUACUGUACAGCAAUUCUAUAGACAGAAGCAUCCCCUUUAGCUGAUGUAUUUUGGCAAAGGAAUUCUCCUCCAUCAGAGGGAUGUAAUAUACAGUAGAUGUGGAACAUUUCCUUUGUAUAUGUUCUCCUACCUGGAAUUUUCCAAUCUUCAGUGCCUCAGCUUCCAUUAAAAGACAGUUUUCUUAGCAAUUACAGGAGAAUAACAAAUAAAGUGCCACCACAUCUAGUUUGAAAGUCUAGUACCAAUAAAGCUAAUUUUUGUAAAAAGAGUAAUGUGAUUUUGCAAAUUUGCACAGCUCCAGUAUUUCAGUGAGACUACUUUUGGGGAAUGCAAAACAUAUACGUAUUGUAAGAAGCUCAGGAAGUGCAGUGGAAAUUGCUGGAAGGAUAUAGGCUCCUAAUCAUUUUGAAGAAGAAAAAACUUCAAAAUUCCAACACUUAUGGAAGCAGUUCUGGAGCUUUGCUGACCUAAUGCUGGCUGUUACUGACAGACUUACUUUUGGAAAUAUAAUUAUUUUGUGUGCUUAAAAGGAAAGUUAUGUAGAAUUGUGGCUGGGGCACCACUGUUCAUUAUAGGCAGUCUAAAAAUAUAGCUAUCAAGGAAAAAAAAAUCCCAUGAGCAGCUGAAGUAAUAGCAAAUAUUGCAAAAGUGGUUUCUGCUGUGCUACAACCUCUGGAAGUGCCAGCCUGGAUAGUCUGAUAUGAAAUUCUGGAAGCUGUUGUCUAAAAGUAACUUUACAGGUUCUGAGCAAUAGUUAUCCCACAGUGAAAGCAGAGUUUAAAAAGUUCUUUUUUUGGAUUAUAGGUCCCAAAAUUGCUGAGCCAGUGUAGGCAUUGAAUUCUGGGAGUUGUGAUUCUGAAAAAUAACUUUUUUUAAUUCUGAGUCAAGUGACAAAUUGGUUCUAUUGUUGUCAGACUGUCGGGCUUUUAUUUCCACAACUAAAGUGUUCAUAACCUUGAUGACUGACAGAUGAUAACCAGGAUGGCACAAAAACUAGCUGUCAUGUCCUAUCUGUGAACAUGGGCAGAUGCACCACAUCUUCAUCAGCAUCUGAUUGGCUUCUUUAUCUCACAGAGCUGUUAAUGUCAAUUAAAUUUUGACCUUUAAAAUUUUGUUACUAUUAAACUCACCAGCACCAGUAACUGCAUGUUAUUGCAGUGGCCAUAUGCUCAGCUCUCAGAGAGCUACUACAUAAUUUUGGGUAAUUCCUUAGAAGCACUUCCAAUCAUGUUUGAUAAAACAUUAUUUAUUUAUUUAAAAUGUUUCUGCCCCACUUUUUUGUCACUCCAACAAGACCCACAAGUCAGUCAAAAUAAACAUUUUGAAACAUAAUACUGCACUUAUCAAGUCAAGAGAAAAGAAAAGAGAAAACCAUUUAUAACAUUGCAGAACUUUUAACCUAUGCUGGCUCAAUUGGAGAAAACUUGUUUAGUUCAGAAUGUGGAUGUUUAACCCUAAUCAAAAUGGUUAGGACAUUUUAGUAACCAAGAAUCACAGAAUUCACACAGAAUUAGACUGCAAGGUAGGCAUUUUACAAUCAUUUAAUAACAAUAAUAUAAAGAAUUAUAAAGAAUAGCCCCCCCCCCCAGUUUCAGCCACCCAACAUACACUGUUCUUUUGUUUUUGUUUUUAAAGAGCCAGAAACCCAGCUGGGACAAACAUUAUCCAAACAAAAGCUGCAUUUAUUGCAUUUGCUACUUGGGUACUUUUUUGUCCCAGCCAUUAUAGCAUAUCAUUAACAUAUGCCCCAUGCUAUCUUUGGCAAACCAUGAUGCCAAAAAUCUCAACGGGUAUAUUCUUUUUAUCAGUAGGUUGACUCCAUUCAAGAGGGUCAUGUAAAUUCUCACUGGUUUCAGAAAAUACAGGAGAACCAUUAACACUAACACUUACCCUUUGCCUUAAUCCAUUGGAAUUUUAAUGGGGUCAGAAUUAUUCAGUGCAGUUAAAAAAAUCUACUUGGAUGCGGGUUAAACCAUAGGGCUAAAUCCAAUACUAAUCCCAGCUAGAAUAGACUCACUGAAAUGAAUAGGAUAUGUUAGUCAAACAAGUAACUUAGGGUGCAACUACAUUGCAAUAUACUCUCCCAAUUACUCCAGAUUUAACAUGGUGCAAAUCAAUUCAUAAUUUCUCGAUGUUAUGGGGGAAACUCACACUUUUCUUCAAAUAAUUCCUUCUUUCUGAAUACCCUUUGGUAGGUUGUUUGUUUUAAAUCACUCUAUAUUACACUGUUUUUGGUCUGUUUUUGGUUGUGUGAAUGACCAUAUUGUUAUAUUCUGUGUAUGGGUUUUUCUCUGUGCUGACAUCUUGGUGAUAUGUUUGAAGUGAUGUAGAAUGCUGUCCCAUUGGAAAAUCAUUCUACUAUCUGAACUGUUUCCCUUUUUUAAAAAGCACAUUCAACUUUAGUGCUGUAUCACAUAGGCACUGAGUCCUCUCUGCAUCACUCUCUGCAGCACUGCAGCGCUAUGCCACUUAGAAUAAAGAAGUGGGGGAAAUUAACUCUGAACAGGAUGAUUAUGGAUAAGGACAGACUGCAGGUGGGGUCAGGAUAAACCCAUGGGUGGAUGAAAGUGCCAAUCCUGGGUCUAUUUAAGACCAUUUAAAGAAUAGUGUAGUCCCCUGCAUUGAAUCAACCUGGUUCAAUUGAGGCUCCAUCAUGAGUACAGGAACAGUGACACAAAGAGCACAUGGCAUAAAUUGUUACAAUAACAUCCUGACACGACUCUCAGAUUAUUUGGGCAAUGUAGUUGCACCCUUAAUUUCCAUUGAUUUCAGUGGUUUCCUGUUCUUCUUGGGACUAACACUGCAUUUGGUCCAUAGUUUUGAUCAAACUAUUCAUAGCAAUUUAUUACCAAUUUAUAAUUGGUAUAUGGAACUAUACCAAUUAAGGCAUAAGAGACAGAAAGCAUGUAAUCUUGUUCUAUGCUUUCUGUACAUAAGGCAUCAACUUAGGACCUAGUAUUUAACAUUAUUAUAACAAUUGAAACCUGAAGCAUCUUAUUUCCCAUAGUUCAAGCUUGUUUCUGAAAGCAUCUGGACCUGCUACUGUCAGCUGUAUAUCAGCAUCCAUAAUGGCCAUGUUAAUUUUCUGUACCAUUAUACUGUAGUAGCAAGCUUUAUAAGGGUCAUUCAGCAUGUUGAAAGUGAGAAGAGAAAGAGAUUGGAGCAUUCUUGGGGAGGAGAGUGGUAUAGACAAAGGUUGAAUUAGAAUUAUCUGUAUGAAUUAGUUUUUGGCUGCACACAUAGCCCCUUCCAUGCCCCCAUGCUGGGGGUCUUUAACAAAAUCAUUUCUGAACUGGAAAACUGCAGUGAUUAGGAUCUUGAACCAACUUGUUUCAAAGGUGAUAGCCAGUUUCCUGAUAAGGAUGAAAUAAGAAACAGUGGUUAAUGGAAGGCACCCUGGUCUUAUCACAUUGUGGCAAGAAGGAAGGAAGAAAAUGUUUUUAAAAGAUCUGUGUACAUUAAUGUUUUGUGAGUAUGUUGCUUUGUCAAGCUGAGAUAAGAUUAAGUAAUGUCCAAAGAGCUGCUAGGUCAAGCUAUUUUUUAUUGUCUAACUGGCAACAUAUUCUCACAAAGUAUACUUACUGACAGGAUUAUCUCAUGCUAAAAGAUACUGAGUAUAUGAAGUGUAUACAAUGCGAAACUUUUUAUGUCCAAAAGAGACUCUCUGGUAGAAAUAACCAUCAGACAUAUCACACUGAUAUUUUGAUGAAUGAAUUAAUUCAGUACAAUUACAUUAACUCUAGCCUAGUACAAAUGUAGCAAACUGUAGUUUAUGACUCCAAGAAUAACUUUACAUUAAAUUCAGGUUUGUAUGCUCUCAUUGUCUUCACAUAGGGAAAGCUAAAGCUUUCUGUUUCAAAUUGACUGCAAUUCCCCAUUGCAUAUAAACAUGGGGGACUAGUUUGUUCUGAUUAUGGUUAAUUAAAAGAAACCAAAUCAAACAGAGUUUUUAUCCUCUGGUUUGUUAAUUAUCUAGUUAGAAAACAUGUACUUCUCACAUCUUGUGUGUGCAGAACAAGCAUGCAAGUGGGCAUAUUCAUGUAACGAUAAACUACAGUUUGUCAAUGAUAAUUGGAAAGGGUGGCAGAGUUAAAAUGUCAAUUAAAAAUAUAAUAAAUCAAGAAGAUAGAAUUAAAAUAAGAUAAUGGAUCAAAAAAUCAAUAAGUCAGAUGGUCAAAUGUUACUGUUUUUGCUGCCCACUUGAAGUCCAAUAAAGAGGAUAAUAACAAUAAUCCUAGAAUUGCCUAGCUGGAUGGGACCCUAAUCUUGCUAUUUAUUAAAAUUCAUAACAUUAUUUAUUGUGAAUCUGGUUAUCAUUUUCCUAAUAUUUAGAAUUCUGUUGUGCUUAUUAUCUUCAAUAUGCACUGCCCUAGGAGAGUUUGCUUCUUUAGCAAAUUAUGACUAGUCUGUCUUAUCUUUUUACAUUAGUCUUUAAGUAUACUGUAUUUGGUCCAUUGGAUGGAUGUUCUGCUGAAAAUCAGGCCACUACAUUCCAAGUAAAAUUAUUUCAGUUCAGAGCUACAAGAUUGUUGUGGAGCUUAAACAAACCAAGUUUUCUAAUAUUACUAAUAGUUCUGUCUUAUCUUCAGCAGCAUGUGGUCGGCUUCUCAGCAUACUUGUCACAGAAACUGGUCUAGUGACAGAAUGUUGCCCUUCAAUUUUGCAGUAGCUUUGCUGCAGCACUACAGCAUAAAGCAGUAGUGUUAUCUAAGAGCUAGCUUUUAUCAAAACUGUUAACUCUCUUUCUUGGCUAUGUAUGUACCAUUUCAGACUGGAUGUAGGAACUCCCAAAAUGGAAUAUUCCUUUAGACACAAAACUCCCUCACGAUAAAAGUGUAUGUAUGUGUCAAGGAGAAAGGGUCUAGUCAAGCUUUCUUCUUGACACGCAGAUAGUUUGGUUUUUAAAAGAGAUGAUCAUUCAAUUGUGUUCCUCCUGCUAUCUGGAAUGGUGCAACUACAUUGAAAACCAGCUGGCAAAUUUUUUGCAUGUCUUGAGACAGGAAUUCUAGGGAUCAAUGAUCCGAAUGAUCUCUAAAAUCUCACAAUCCAGCAUUCCAGGAUAAUUAUUGGAUUGCUUGAAGAAAGGAAUAAGAAGCCCAUGCUUAUGUGCCUCAAAAAGGCCUCCUAGCAGUUUCUCUCUGUAUACUUUUUUCUUUUGUAGAGAGAGUAACAUAGACCUAUGUUGCCGCUAGUUGUUAUGCAUUAAGAGGCUAGAUGUGGCACAAAAGUGCAGAGUUUUUGAGCCUUAUGCUUUAAUUCUUCUUUAAAUCUUGAUGGGAGGUGCAUGCUUAGGCACUGCGUGUCCAAACCAACUUUGACCUGUGCCCAUUUUAUACGGCACCUUUUACAUUUUGUCUGUGGCUUGGAAAACUUACUCUUUUUGGGGUAAAUUACAGUUCUCAGAAUACCCCCAGCCAGCAUAGCCAUUGGGCAUGUUAACUGAGGGGAUUAUGAGAGAUGCAGGGAAGGAAAAAAAAACACCACCAAAACUUGUAACCUUUGUUCUGAGUUCCUUAUGCUGAUGAAAGUAUCUAGGUUAGCCUAUGCGGCUCUCACCUUUUCUCCAAAAGAACUCCUCUUCUCAUCUUUUCUUUUUCAUGAGAGUUUUCUGUGCUCCUGUAAGAAAGGCAUCUUUAGCAGCCUACACCAGCUCAAAAUACAUUCACAUACUAUGCAAAUAUUUUCCCCAUUUCAUUGGAGGUAGGAGGUUCUAUCCAACCUCAGCUCCACCACUCUCCUCCCCAGAUGACAGAAGCUCUUUAUGCAAUGAUUCCUAUGCAAAAAUAAAAUAAAAAGAAACAAUAGCUGGCUAGAUUUGAGAGGGUGAUUGAGAGCCUCUCUCCCAUAAUUGGGGGAUGGGUUGAUUAAUGCAAGCUCCUGUAUUUAAAUAAUAAUAACUUUUGCGGUGCAUUCUCCUCCUACCCACUUCCGGGCUGGGAAAAUGGGGGCAGUUGUUAAGUCAGUCAUAUUGACUGAAAUUUCUCUUUGAAGGACACACAGAAUCCCAUGUUAAGUCUCCUGAUUUGUAUCUAAGAUUGUGGAGAUGAGGAGGCAUUUGAGAGAAGGGGUGCUGUUGGUUAAGUCCACAGUCCUAUGAAUGUUUAAUGGGAAAUAAGGCCACUUAAACUGUAUUGGGCUUCCUUCUAGGUAAGCACGCAUAGAGGUGUUUGCUGUUCAAGUUUGUUACCACUCCGUGUGGCUGUUUGCCCUUUAAUUGUUUUGAUGUUAUACCAAAAUAGUAAGAGGCAAGCUGGUGUGUUUUUUAAACCACAGAUAUUCCAGCACCAAAUGACCUUCUCAACAAAUCGUAAUUACAGAUUUUCUGCUGAUGACUCCCCAACUCCACUUUAAAUAUUAUAUGCAGGAAAAAGAUGAGACUAGGUAGUCCUGGGACUUCUGGUGUGUUUCCAUUCUGCACUUUAAAUCCUGCCCCCAUUCCCACCCAUCUAUCAGGGUGAAUGGCCAAUUUUAUUUCAUAAUAUCUUCUUCAUUGCUUUCCUUGUACAGUUUGUUUUGGCUAAUUUGUUAGAGCUGAUCAACACAUUUAUGUGGUACAGUUAUAUGAUGUACUUCUCCUGGAAACUUCUACUUCAGACUGCAGAAAUGUGUGUUUGUGGAAGAGAGUUUGCAUUGGCUUAUAAACAGCAAUGCGCUCCCCUGGGAUGAGUAAAAUUGUCACCAGAUGAACAGGCAAAACAAUUCUAUAAAUUGGAUCAGACUAGUUUGUUUGAUUAUUAUUAUUAUUAGUUUUAGGUUGUAGAUAGCAAAUAUUAGUACUGUGCAUGAGCAUGUCAGCUAAUAACAUUUUUUGUGAGUCAAUUUUUCUAGAUUUGGUUUGCAUAAGAUAAUGUUCUCCCGUAUUAAACAAACUAUGCACCCAUAGAAAAUUAGUGUGUCAGACUGGAAGGCUAGCCAAUAACUCUUGAUGUGGUAACUUUCCAUAGUUGAGGGUUUUUUUGUGAUUUUUUUUUAAAUACAGAGAUAAAUUCCCUCAAGCAUUCAAAAGUGGUAUAGCCAGGAUGAUCUGCACUGAGAAGCUGUAGGUUUCCAGGACAGCUGUACCACAUGCUUUUUCAAAGAUGUAAUUUGGCUCUGAAUAUUGAGACUAAGAUUAACAUUGUCUUAGCAUCUCUAUUCAGCUAUGUAACACUGCUUAGAAAUGUUGUCACAAUUUGUAUGCUCUUCCUUUGGGAUAUUUCUUUCCACUGCCCACAUCAAGAAAUAUAAUUUUUCCAUGAAAAAUUAUGAUAGCAACAUCAGUGUUGCUUUGCUUGCACACUCAGAAUGAUAAUUUUUCCAAAAUUAUUCGUUCUCUUUCUUUCUUUUUGAUAUUUAAGGAGGAGUUAUUUGUUCUUUAUAUGGUAAUAUAACUGUUAUCUGUUCAAAAUGUUUUUAUUAUUUUUUAAAAAUUGCUAAGUUAAUUUGGUGCAAUGGGUGUCAAAGAAAGAAAAAGAAAGAACAUUAUUGCAUUUUUAGCAAAUGAAUCGUUUCCAUGCAAUUCAGUUGCCAAAAAUUCUUUAUAGAAAAAUAUCCCAGGAUAUGCGAAUUAAUAAAAAUUUAGAUGUGAUUCUUUUAAAAAUAGGAAAUAUUUAGAAAUGCUUGAUUUCGUUUAUAUUUUUCAUAAAGAAAUGCUAGAGCUCUCAUUUUUGCUUAAAAAAAAUCAACAAAAUAGGCAAAGCAUUUUUCAAAUUUCUGAAAUGUCUGAUUCCUCCUCUACAAUAUAUAAAAUCAAGAAAGAUUCCUCAAUAUCUCUAGAUGUGUUAAAGUGUUCAGGAAAAAAUAAUAAUUACAUUCUAGCAAACCUUUAAAUAAAUAAUUUUUUAAAAAGCAUCAUUCAUUUUUCUGUUUUCAGUGUAUUAGAAACAAAGAAUGUUGUCGUUUUUAAAAAACUAAUAGGCAAAAAAUCUUCACAAAUAAAAGAGGGUUGGAUAUUUUAAAAAUUUGAAGAAUGUCAUAGGUUUUUCAAAUGCUCUCUUUUUUUUAAACAUUCUUUUCCAUUUGGGGUUUUGAUCCAAGCCACACAGAGAUACUAUACAAAAAACAAAACAAAACCCAGGAGUUCAAGAGUAGUAUUGAUGAACACUGGCCUAACUAAGGCCAGAUUUGGGUUGGGGGGGGGGACCAUUAGGCAUCUGCAUAGGAUUGUACAUGUCCCCUGCCUGUGAUCCAAGUCAGGAAGCACCUUAUCCCAAAAGACGCACUCCUCCGUGCUUAUUCCACAAGAGCUGCCCUGGUCAUAUGCAGUUCUUAACCCGCAAUGUCCAGCUCAACAAAGACUAUGGAGCCUAGUGGUUUCUUAAACAGAUACAGUUUGUCAACCAUACUUCCCAAUGUAUAACUGGGUUUUUGUGUCUAAUGUGUGUGUGUGUGCACAUACAGAAAGUGGUUAAUUGUCAGCUGAUCACUGUUUGCGUAUGGUUGCUUAGAAGGCUUCUUUUGAGUCAGGGCUCAUGGCCAUCAGAUUAAUAGCCCCAGAAGCUGUUUUCAGGGCUAGGAAACACAGCAAUAUCUUCUUCCUCUUAGAAGCACUAAUAUGUGUAUCCAAGCAAGCAGGAUAGUCACAAUCUAAGGGGCUGAAUGUGUACAAUGGGAGUGCUAAAAGCACUCUGGAGGUCAUUCCCUGCCAAGUUAUUUACAUAUUUCAAAAGCCUAAAGGGAGGCAGGGGAACUUUUGGCAUGGGACCAGCACCUAAUACAUGUUCAUAGAUUUAAUUUAAUUCCAUAUUUAAUGCAUGAGAAAAUAAAAAUACUCUGAAGCCUAGGAUGUUGUAGGAAAAGACUAAGCUCUAGGGCUAAACCUCAAGUCCACUAGAAUUAGACCAGUGAAUGGUAGGUGAGGUCUGGCCCCUAGCUGGAAGCCUGAGAUUCCCAUCUGCCGUGGUUUGCAUAGCCAGUAGUGAGGAUUACUGGGAGUAAUCCCUCAAUAUCUUCAGGGCCGCACAUUCCCCACCCAUGAAUUAGACUCAGUUCUACACAUAUAGCAUAAGAUACUAUAAUGUGGAUCAGGUAUGGUGGAUGAUACCAUUUUAGGCUGUUGAGGGUGUCAGCACCUUUUUUUUUUUAAUCUGCACAAUUUUCUGAAAGAUUAUUUGUUUUAAUGCACUUUGGGAGAAAGAUAUGAAUCCAGCCCUGCUGUGCUGCUUUUCUAGUUGUAGGACUUUGUUCAAUCCCAGGGAGACAUUGAAAAGUGGCAGUACUCCUUGCCUGAAGUAGCACAGCCCAUUCCACCACCCAGUAAUUAAUCUCCUAUGGCUGCACUGCAUAGACUUGAACCGCACACUCUUGUCUGUAGCCAAGCAUGGUUGUAGCAGCGAAUAUAUCGGCUGGAGCUGCUUCUGAACAUAUACAUGGUUGGUUCAAAGGUAGAUGGAGCAGGUGUGUUUGUGAGUCUGGUCAUUUGGACUGCAGUGUCUGCACACCCCUUUGUGAGAACUUGUUCCUUUUCUUAUGCUCAUAGCUAGACAUGAACAGGUACGGCAACAUUUCUAAUGAUACGGCAUGCAGAAGAAUUGGCAUGUUUUAUUUCUGCUGUACCAUCAUAGGUGGAGAUAGUACUGUACAAGACAUAUCUUAUGGCAAAAAAUCCAAAUAGUUCCUCUGACUAAUACUACCAGCAGCAGCAACUCUGAAAAUAUAGUAAUAAACUAAACCACUUAACAUUUAUUGUUCUUUCAUUGUACCUCAGAAUGGAUUGUUUCAGGUGGACUGCCUCAUCCUAAGGGUAAAUAGGCAAAAGCAACUCUUGCAGGAUGGAAGCCUAAAGCUGGCUAUGUGUUAUGAUUUUAUUACGUAAUAUCAUACAUUUGAUCUCAUACAGAUCUUUUAAAAAACAAUCAUUUUAUCUUUAGUGUAAAAGGAAUUCACAUUUACAUAGUGCUGUGGAGUGAAUGUGGAGUUUCAAGUAUCUACUGGGCAGACUAGACCAAUUGCUCAAUUUCACACAUGUCAAGUAACAUAUUAUAGCCACAUGGGGAAAUAAUUUGAUAAAGCCAGGCUAUUCUUAUAUCCUUUAGUUUUACCAGAACGUACUAUAGGAACAAGUCCUUUGUUUGAGUGCCUUUGCUUGUGACUGCUUGAGCAUGUCUCUUAAAAGACAAUCUCUCCUUGUCUUUGCUAAGCUGGAUAUCCGCUUCUAUGUAUGUCUACAAAGUGGGCAGUGGGAGGCAGGAAUUAACAGAAAGAACCAUGAUUCAUUUUGGACAUGUGGGGGAUAAGGUGCCCCAUUCUCUUGCAGAUCAUAGGGGUGAUCUGAGGCCUUGGAAAGGGGGGGGAAAGGGGAGAGAGAGAGAGAGAGCAGCAGGUGCUCAGCAGAGGUCCUUAGACUCAUAUUGUACUUGGGUUGUGCUUCUCCCUGAUACUGUAUGAAAUUAGGAGCAAGGAUGACAGUGAGACAAAAGAUGGGUGAUUUUAGACUCAGGAAAGCUUGGGGUGGGGUGGGGGGUAGAAGUGCCUUCACCCCAUAUUGAUGUGGGGGUGAGGCUUAUGUAGGCAAAAGUUGCUUAUGUUUGGCAGAAGAGGGUGCCAAAGCUGGAACUGAGGGGUGGGCUCAGGGAUGGUUGGGGAGGGACACAGAGCUAUUUUUUCAAGCAGUUGUAUUAUAAUGAUUAUAAUAAAAUUUAGAAAGUGAUGCUAUUUUUUCAUAAAUCCCUCUUUUUCUCCCUCCAGUUGUUACAACAUUUUUGAAAGUCCUGUAAUGGAGGCAUAAGGAUUUCCCACGGGGCCAGCCAAAAAGAACCGGUAAAAAGGUGGGAGUGAAGGAAGAAUGGUGUUCCUUUGCCAAAUAUAUAUAUAUGUAUAUGUAUAUGUAUAUCAGAAAGAUUCCUUUGUGAUUUUCAAAGUGUUUCUCUCCCAAAUACUUUAUUUCUUCUGCUCAUACUGGGCAUAAACAAUUAAUGACAGUUGCUCAAGAGGAACAGAUAUUUUAUAGGGUUUUUUAAUUCACAAAAGAAUGAAACUCAAUUUUCAAACCCCAAAAAUGUACAAUUUGAUUUUUUUAAAAAGAAAAUCUUUAUCUACACUCAACUCCCAAAUAGAAGCUUUAAUACAGAAUGCUAUAUUUUAAUGCCUUGAAACUUGAAAUUAUUUUUACUUCCUUGUUCAAUAUAGGUGACCAAAAAUAUCCCCAAACUUUUUUUUAAAGUUCAGUUUUCAGACAUUUCAAAGUUGUAAACAAGUGUUUAUUUGACCAUUCAAAAAACUAAUCAUAUGAGGAAAAAAUCAAACAGUUCAAAGAGGAAAUAGUAUAUGUGGAGGAAGAUAAAACUUUUCCCUCCCACACAUACAAAUGCCAGGGUCUUUAUUGUGCCUGACACCCCGUGGUAUUUCCUUCCUUCACAUGCAACUGAUGUGCCAAAAUGUUUUGACGUCUCAAAUGUUGAACUGCUAAAUGUUGGGGGGCAUUGGGGAGGUAGGAGGGUCAAUGGGGACUACAUUCAAGUUUGUACUAAUGCUUUGACUCCCUCAUCCUUUCUCUUUCAUUUCACAAUCAUUUAUUCCCCCAUCUCCCCACUCACCCACCUUUAGUUUUCAUUCUGGAAGAGCAGCUGUAUUAGCCGAUCUGCAAUGAAAGCAAUUUUUGUGUAGUCCCUUAAAAAUUAAGUUUCUGGUGUGGAUAAGACUUAAAACUUUGGCUGUGGCCCAGAGCUCUCCAACAGAGUAUUAGGCUUUUGCCAAUACAACUUUCUGCUCCAAUAAAACAUUUCAUGUUUUAGAGUACCACAUGAGCAAGCUUCAUUGGCAUAGUUCACAACCUCCUUACCCAACAAAUGAUUGCCAUCCUUCAGCCUCCUCCGGACAAGAUGUUAUUGGUCAUGAACUAAGCCUAGUUCAUGCUCAUUCCAUUCAUACACAACCAAACCAUUCCAAGGGACACAAGGAGAUAAGCAAAAUAUUUUCUUUCCAUUGGUCACCAUGUGUUCCAGUUUGCCAUUCAACAAAUUAAACUCUAGAAAGGAAAGAAUGUGGCUUUUUUUAAAAGCAAAGGGAAAACAGAUUACAGUAUGUCCAGUUAUACAGAGUCACCUCAGUCCAGCUGCAGAUAAUUUUGGGAACGAAGGAGUCUUCUUCAUAGCUGCACUAGCUUGACGGUGGAGAAGGAAUGGUAGGUUGGUUCAUUCCCCCUCUCUGGGGAUUUACAAGACCCCUUUCAACAUCUGCUUUCCAAAAUCUGACAUCCAGAGCUAAGAAAAGCAAUUUUUUAAAAUACAAUUCCCAGAUUCCUCCACUCAGGAUAGCCAAUGUUCACAGCUUAGUUUUUCAACCUGCCUCUAUCACAAGGACAGGAAAUAUGUGGCUUUUGUCAGGUUGUUGGAUUGUGACUCCUACCAUCUUUGCUGUUGGCCAUAACGGCUAGGACUAAUGGGACCUGCAGUUCAACCACAACUGAAGGGCUACACAUUCUCCAGCUUUACUCUAAAGUUGUGCCCUGCAGUACGUAAUUGACAAGGGAUGACAUUUAUCACCAUGCUAUGAAAAGUCUCACCUGCUAAUUGCUACAAGUCAUUUCCACUAGUAAAGGAACAGUUGCAGAAACUGAGAGAAGAGUUGUCAGCCUUGCCCUCUACAACUGCCUUUAAAGAACAAUGAUUCCUAAGGUUCCUUGAGGAUAAUUUAAAGAAACGAGACCAAAGUUAUUUAUUUGUUUGUUUGUUUGUUACAAUUAUAGCCCACCCAUCUAGUCUACAUAUGAAUGUAUUCUGAUAUCUACUUCACCUAAUAAACUGGUUUCUCUGUCAUAACUUCCCACAGGCCAAUGCAUACUUAAAACUUUAAUUCUGAGGUGGGGAAAGAUAGAUUAAAAUUCUCAUGACAGAAAAUUCUGAGAUCUGCAGUAAAUCUAAUGUAACACUAACAGAACUGUGCUAACACAGUUGUCCCAUAUCACACCUUUUUUCAGCAAUCGUGCAUGAAGUAGUGAAUACUGCCCUUCUCUUAACUCUAACAAAAGUGGAACCACUCUUACAGUGGGCCACCUAUUGCCACAGUGACACUGUUGGAUACAAGCCUCUGUAUUGUCUUCUACAAUUAGAGUCUUCAGGGGUCUUUGGGAGAAGCUUUGGCUAUUAACUUGUCUAAUUACAGUACUGGUUUAGGUUUACAGUAUAGAUGCAUUCCUCGGGAGAUAUAUUUGAAGAGCAUGCAUUCAUGUGUGAGUUACAGAUGCAUUGCAGUAAACCCAGAAUUCACACAUUGGGUAACACACAGAGUUAUAGAGCUCAUGCAUUUACGCACAAACCUAACACAUCUAUGUGCAGCAUGUGGUGAUAACGUUCAUAUUCACCUGUAUAUUUUCGACCUACACUCUCAGGGGGUAUCUACUGGAUAAACCAUUAUGAACACUGUAUGAACCAAUAUAGUUAUCAUAUCAACACUUAAAGUAUCUUAGGUGUUUCAUGAGGGGUCGAAUAGGCAUUGUAUAGAGUCUCAUGCCCCUCUCACCAAAUUACAGUUCUGAUUUCCCUGGGGAAACCUGUAACUUAUAAACAAGUUUUGUGAGCAUUGUAUGUAUGUAUACCCAACAUUCAAAAAGUACAAGAAUUUAGGAAUCUGCUUAAUACCAAGUCAGACUGCCAGUCCUUCUUGCUUGGUGUUGUCCAUGAUGAUUGUCCUGGGUUUCCGGGAGGAGUCUUUUGUUCUGAAUGUGCCACUCUUCCAAGGAUGAUCUGGAACACAAACUAUGUGCUCUGCCACUGAGCCAUAGUACCAGGACCCCACCACUUGCAAAAAAGCAUAAUAUUGAUGCAAGCAUGCAUGCAUACAUACAUGCUCAUACCCACCCAACCACUAUUACCAUUCCAUAAAUUUCCCGCCUUACAGCUGUUCAUUGUAGGCCAUUGGCAAUCUCCCACUGUUAGGCCAUGGGGAUAGUGAGGCAGCUAUUUUUGUCUGCAAUUCAAGGAGGUGCUGUUACUGGUUCUCUUCUGGAGACAUUUAUGCUGCUCUGUCCUUGCUCACUCCUCUUUAGAUAUAUGUUCUCACAUAGUGAAAAAGCUACAUUCAGAUCAAUUCCAUCCAGAAAGCAAUAAAUCAGCUCUUCUUGCCAUCCUGUCCCAAUAAGGGAGAGGUUCUCUAAUCACAACAAUGCAUUCACAUUCUGCCUUGUGGUGACAGGUCAGCAUGGAGCACCAAGCAUACCACUCUCCCUCAAGAGCCAGCCUAUCUUUCAAAAUCCCUUCCAUCCUUACCCACCUUCGUUUUCCUUCUCCUUCUCCCAAUGCAAUUUAAACUCAACUCUCCCUGUCAAGCAUUCUGGUAAUUUAUUCAAUGCAGCUAACAACAAUUUGUUCCCCCCUCCUUCUCCAUUCCAACUCAUCUGCUUCUAUCCACUCAUCAUCUUUCAAAAAUCCAUGGUCAAUCCUUCCAGUUUCCUAGUUCUUCCUUAUUCUGUCUCCCCAAGUCAAUCCACCUCAAACUGAAUAAGAAUAUGAUUUGUUAACUGUCAUAAUGGAGAGAAGUAUUACCAAAGUGUGUAGGAAAGACAGAUCCUUAGGUUUAGGUGAUCCCUAUAUUUUACAACCGAUAAAACAUCAACCCUUAACCUGACUCAUCAGUUCUACCAUCUGUUGUGAACCCCACACAUCAUGUUCUCCAAGAAUGAUCCAUCUAUUUGCCAAUACAUGUUCUCCACAUCUAGCUAUCUGUGAUAACUUUACUCCUAAUAAACAAACAUCCCUCUCUGUUCUCAGUGUACUACCUCCAUUCCCCUUCAGUCUCAUCCAUCUGUCACUCCAGCAUACAACCAAUAAUCUGUCCAUGAUGUUCUCAAUAUUUCUAUGUGCAAUGUCCAUUCUCCUUCAACUUGAAACCCUUCACUUCUCUACUACUUCUGCAUAAACCUUCAUCCACCUCACCAGCCUAGCACAUCAUUUGUUUUAGUCUGCUCAGGUAAGGGAGGGAGUAGCCAUCAAAAUCUAGGCCUGUUGAACCUGGAGAAAGCAACUGGGUCAAACUGGGUUUGGUUGUUCACUAUCAUGUAUCCCCAUUCAUCCUUGGACUGUUUCUUUAUCAUUCAACUCUGGUGCUAUAAGGAAUUCCUGGAUUAGGAUUUGGGCCUGCAUUCUCCUGAAAAUGCUGUUAAGACUUGCUCUGUUUUCUCCCAUUCCUUUACAUCUCCCAUUCAUGGUGAAAGAAAGGGAAAUGUAUUUCAUUUCCCCCCACCUUUUUCAGUGAUUUUUAUUUCUUCCUUCAUUUCACAUUUCAUCCACUCUGCUUCCCCACCAGCACCCCAUCAUCCCCUCCUUUCCCCCUAAAAGCCCCCUGGUCUUUAGUCUCUGGGACAUUAUAUUGUCUGCAUGAGCUGACAUGCCGAGGUUACAGCAUGUAAUAAAAUUAUUUCCUUUUCAUUUAAAACUUUGAAAGAAAAAAAA